UCGAAAUUAUUAGGUCGAAAUUUUGUCCAUCUAUCGCGGAAAACCAAUUCAUCAAUAUCAGCACUGUGUCGCAUUCAGACAUGCAUGUGUUCAUCGAUUGCAUCUGAUCCGGCCGCCGCCAAUCCAAUGGUGAACCUACCAGGUCAGGGAACGCUACGCGGUUCUAUUACCAAGGGAGCCUGGAGUGGUGUCCCGAUUCAGCAAUUCUUGAACAUUCGCUAUGCGGAACCUGCAACGGGAGAUCGACGUUUCAAGGCACCCAUUCCGGCCGAACCGUGGGAAGGAGUACGUGACGUUUCCAAGCGGAACCGAACAUCGCCGUACUACGGUGAUUUGAAGAAAGUACCUAAGGAUGAACUGACGAACAAUCUAGAGGAUUGUAUAAGUCUUUGCGUCUACACAAAAGAUCUUUCAGGAAAGAAACCGGUAAUCGUCUACAUUCAUGGUGGUGGAUUCUACAGUGGAAGUGCCGCUCAACACCCUCCAGAAUAUCUUCUCGAAAAAGACAUAGUUCUCGUAGUGCCGCAGUAUCGACUAGCCGCUCUCGGAUUUCUCUCAACCAAAACAGAAAACAUCCCCGGCAACGCCGGAGUCCAGGAUGUACUGCUAGCAUUCCAAUGGGUUCAAAAAUAUAUUUCCCACUUCGGAGGGGAUCCCAAGCAAGUCACUGCCUUCGGUCAGUCUGCAGGGGCGGCAAUCAUUUCGGCACUGACAUUCAGUCCUGUUACGAAAGAAUCACUCUUCGGCAAGGUGAUUUAUAACUCGGGAGCUGGUUUGGCAAGCAGCUGGUCAUUUGACAUGAACUGUGAACGAAAUGCCAGAGACAUUGCUCGUAGAGCAGGCUGUGAUCCGAAGGCUCCGUUGGACGAAGUUGAGAAAUUCCUCUUACAACUGGAUACGUACACACUACUGAAGUCGUUCUCGCAACAUAUGUGGCAAGGAACGCCAAACGGCAUCAACUCGAUUGGUGGUCAUCGUUUCACUCUCGGAGGACCAUCAGGAAUAUUUCCGAAAACGCCAUUUGAAGUGAUGAAACGAGGAGGAGGACGGAAAAAUUUACCAAUGCUGACGGGAGUGGUAAAACACGAGGGCACCUUUGCAUUAGUGGAUAUAUUUGCAAUACUUGCACACAUGAAAAUAUUGAAGGAUGCUGAUUUUAUGCGGUACGAUUUGCUGGAAGAGGUUGCACGUAUCUACGGAUCUACAGAGAACAGUAACGCAUUGGGACAGUUAAUAGCCAGAUCAAUGUUCAAUGUGGAGGAUUUGGUGUCUGGCGACAUACGCAGGCUUAUACCUGGAUUGAUCGAUUUCAGUGGUGCAGCAAUAAUCAAAUCCACGGUACUUCGAUCAGCACAGUUCAAUAGCCGUUAUAACCCCGACAAGACCUACGUCUACAGUUUCGACUAUCAUGGUGAACACACUCGUUUUGGAUUUGAUCAAGACGUUAGCAAGAUACCGUUUGAUGGUGGCGUACACCACACAAACGAUCUUCUAUAUUUGUUCCCUUAUCCAAAGUCUGCAGCAAAGCUAAACUCCGAAGACAAAAAGAUGGCCAAAACGAUGGUUGAUCUUUGGACAUCAUUUGCCAUCGAUGGCGUUCCAAGAACGAGAGAUCUUCCCGAAUGGCCUACAUUCAACAAAGUAUACGGACCAUAUCUACAUAUAGACAAGCAGUUUAGCAUAGGGCAAAACUUCCUGGACGAACUAACUGUGACGAACGAUGAAGUACGAAAGGCAGAAAAAAAAAUGAUCGCUUAGUUAAAAUUAGACAAUAAUGAAACUUUUAUGGUGUUAAAACUUCCAGUAUUAUGCCUUUUAUUGGCGAA